UAGUCAUUCCCUCAACCUCCUAGUUUCUUGAUCAUUUUAAAAUCGGCGGGUUCGUAGAGAAUAGAAUGAUAGAGGAGCACUAAGCUCCGCCUGCCGCCGGUGAUAGAGCUGAGGCCGCUCUUUCAGUAGCCCCAGGAUACAAAAAAAAAAGAAAUUUUUUCUGAAGUCUCCAAAUCCAAAUCCAAACUGACGAUGUCCAGUAGGCGUAGUUCCGUGAUGAGGUAACAUGAAAACCUUCGUCUGUGUCAUUCUGAGGAAUUUAAUUCCGUAACCUCUACUAAUUAUGGCUACCAAAGGGCUUGUGCUAUGGAAGCUGCAAGCGCUGUGGACUACAUAAGUUAAGGCUAAUAGCUUAGUUUGGCUACUGGUAAGUCUAGUCCGUGAACUCUCUGAACCGGCACCCAUGAGAGUUUUCACGGUCCUGCUUAUCGCGAGCACGCACGCCCUUUUAAGGUCGUGGGACCUCAUGGGCAGCAGUAGCCCUAUUAUCCGGAUAUUAGAAGUAGAUAGAAAUUAUUUUAUUUCGAUAUUUUCUAUUUAUCAUUUUUUUCUAAGUGUCCUCGUCUUCCUCUCCUCUCUCUAACCUCACCUUAGCAACAUUGGAAAGAAGAAAGAAAAGCUAAACUUGCACUUAAUAGUUACUAGAGAUGUUAUAGAAUAUAGAUUUAGAGAGAUACCCCAUGAAUUUGAGUGGGUACAUCAAAUUAGAGACGGUUGUUAUACCCCAUGAGUGGGUAGUACAUCAAUCAAUCAAUCAAUCAAUGAACUGGAAUUUCACAUCUACAAUGGUCAACUGGAAUCUCAUCUUUCUCUUUAUAAUGAAUGACAAUUCACACGAUGACCAUGACCGUGAACAAUUUUGUUUUUUACCUCUACGAGAUGACGUCUGUUUUUUGAUUCGCUGUAUCUUGUCUGUGCGGAUCGACAGGUCGUAUGGAAAAAAAAGUCUAAACAUAACAGGAGGAGCCAGCACGACGAGCAGCGCGACGAAUGUUAGUGUAGAAAGGUUGUAG